AUGGCGAAUCUGGGAUUCUUCAAGGAAGUGAUGGCGGAAGCGGUAGACAGGGCGAAGGGCGCCGUGGUGGAGAAGACGCAGGCAGCGGUGGGGAAAGCCAGGGAGAUGGUCGGCCUGGUGGAUGCCUCGGCGGAACCCUCGGCACCUCCCCCGGAGCCGUCAAUUCUGGACGAGCUAAAUCAGUACUGCUCGCUCACGCUGAAACAGAGAAUAUACGGCUUUGCCACGUGUCUCUGCAUCGGCAUCUUCUGCACGCUCAUGUCCAUUCUUGUGUUCCCACAUCCCAUCAAAUUCGCUCUCACCUACUCGAUUGGGAACCUCAUGGCCAUUGGCAGCACAGGGUUUCUCAUAGGCUUCACGCGGCAGCUCAAGAUGAUGUUUGAUCCGAUCCGAAUCGGUGCUGCUAUCGUCUUUGUCCUUUCACUCGUCCUCACACUCGUUGCUGCUCUCUAUGUUCAAGACGCCCUUCUCACUCUCCUCUGCAUCGUCGUGCAAGCGUGUUCCCUCAUAUGGUACUCAUUAAGCUACAUCCCCUUUGCCCAGUCGUCAGCCAAAAGGUGCAUGCGCAUGUGCUACGAAGCGGAGUUCUGA